AUGUCAAACAGUAAAUCGCCGUUGAGAAUCUUUGAAGGACAUCAAAAUUUCAGGUUAAGGAUUGUACUGGCGACGCUCUCUGGUAUCCCCAUCAAGCUUGAAAAAAUACGUUCGAAUGACUUGAACCCAGGUCUAAAGGACUAUGAGGUUUCGUUUUUAAGGUUGAUAGAGACUGUCACUAACGGUUCAACCAUUGAGAUUUCGUAUACCGGUACCACUCUGAUUUAUAGACCAGGGAUCAUAUACGGUGGGUCGUACACUCACCAAUGCCCAAACUCCAAGCCGGUCGGAUAUUUCAUCGAGCCCAUGCUGUACCUAGCUCCAUUCUCAAAGAAAAAAUUCUCUCUACUGUUCAAAGGUAUCACAGCGUCGCAUAAAGAUGCAGGUAUAGACGUGCUCAAAUGGGGAAUGUUGCCCGUUCUUGAGAAGUUCGGUGUCAGGGAAUGUGCACUACACACUUUGAAGAGGGGUUCCCCACCACUCGGCGGCGGUGAAGUACAUUUGGUUGUUGACUCCCUGAUUGCGCAGCCGAUAACCAUGCAUGAAUUGGAGACACCCAUAAUAAGUUCCAUCCGUGGCGUUGCCUACUCAACCAGGGUAAGUCCGUCACUGGUCAACAGAAUGAUCGACGGCGCUCAAAAAGUGCUAAAGGAUGUUGGAUGUACGGUCAACAUCACGGCAGAUGUUUGGAGAGGCGAAAACUCCGGUAAGAGUCCCGGGUGGGGGAUCACCCUCUUAGCAGAGAUGAAAAAAAACUGGUGUCUGUUCAGCGAAUGCAUCGGUGACGCGGGUGAUGUUCCAGAAGACAUCGGUGCUAAGGCAGCGUAUCACUUGCUAGAAGAAAUCUCAAGGAGUACUGCUAUUGGGAGAGGUCAGUUGCCUCUAGCGAUAGUAUUCAUGGUUAUUGGGAAGGAGGACAUCGGUAGACUCAGAAUAAAUAAAAACCAAAUCGACGAGAAUUUUAUUCAUCUGUUGAGGGACAUCAAGAAGAUUUUUGGGACUGAAGUAUACUUGAAACCAGUGAACGACCCAGAGUCCGAUGAUUUUAUUGCCACCGUGAAGGGGGUUGGUUUCACAAAUGCUAACAAAAAAAUUGCAUAG